AUUUUUCAGACCAAUUCAUGAUGCAGUGGAAAACGACCAUCUGGAAAUGGUACGGUUACUGCUAGCGUUCGGUGCGGACCCUCUCUUGACCACUUACAGUGGAAAGUCCCCGAUAAAGAUCGCCAGGUCAGGGAAAAUGAUUAACUUACUGAAAGAUUAUAUUAAUGAUUUGAAUGGAGACGACAACCACGCUGUUACACCGUGGGAAUUUCACGGAUCAUGGGAUAUUAAAGCUUUUGACAGGGAAGUGAAUAGUGGAAAUCCUAUCUUUGCCGAUAUUCCAUCUGACCCAGAUCCAAAAGACGUAACUGAUGAAGAAAUCUUCAAGUUUGAUGACUUUCCUCUGAACGCUGUAACACUGCGAUCUAAACAAGAGGAGAAGUGCAUCACUGUACAAGACUUAGCGACCUGCACUGGAUUGACCUGUGAGGAACUAAAGGAAGCCUGUCCUUCCUCAAUAUUUACAAUGAAACCCGAAGAAUUCCUGAAAGAAACGGUCGACUCGGUUUGUCUUGGAGUCACCUUAUCAAAAAUAGAAACGGGAAACAGUGAUAUAGAUUUAAUACAUUUGCGGGAAUAUCCAGCUGUUUUAAGUGCUGUUCAAAAAUCAAAGAAAAACGUUUUGAACCUCUUUCAUACGCAGUCCCAUUCUGAUGAUACCAAGAACAGCUCUAGCGGCAGUAGUAGUUGUAGUAGUAAUAUAAACGACAUUGAUAAUGAAAACGACCUACGAGCAGUAUCGAACAUGACGAAAGUGACGGCAAAAUAUCACGCUGGAUCGAAUGACAGUUUUGACAGUAAUAUGCCUCCUAGUCCAGUGUCUCUCUCCGAUGAUGAUGUUUUAAUUCUGAAUGAGAAAAGUAGUAGUAGUAGUAGUAAUAGUAGUCCGUAUCAGGAGAUGUCAAAGCAGACUAACAUCGCAGCUCAGUCUGUGAUUCCCAUAUGUGAUAACAGUGAAAAGACCAAUUUUAAACCCACUUCAACAGAAUCUUCUUCCAUUCGGACACUAUCCUUUAACAAGAAAUAUACUGCUCGUACCUCAAACCAUGUUGCAUUUGACACAGUUUUCUCCAGUUCGAAGACCGACACGGCUUCGACUACAUUACAUCACAAUCGACAUUUCACCAUUGAAGUCGGGGCGCCACCCGAAGACUGCUACAAAGCUCUGCGCAUCGACCAGGGCGAUGUCAUCAAAGAGCGAAGCAAAAACACACGGACAUCCAUGAAAGAUUCCUCACAGACUUUUACCGAAUCUUUGAAUUACGACGAGAAAAGUCAGGUUCAGUCGGAACCUUCAGUUGUGAUCGAUCGAUGACCAAAAUGUACAAGAAUUAGCUUAGAAAUAAAUGAUGCAUAGGCUUCAUAUGUGAUGGGAGCUAAAUAGAAGCGAGAAAAGAAGAAAGUGAGGUGGAGUCAUGCAAUGCUAUAAAAUGCUGGCUGGCUGGCUGGCUUGGUUAGCUGGUUGGUUAGAAGGUUUGUCUGUGUGGACAGAUGCUGUGUUCUGUAUGUGUUUUCUAAAGCAUUUAUAUACAUCUCACUAUUGACGUAGAUGUAUGCAUGUAUAUAUAUAUCGAUGUAAGAUCUGGGUUAUUUAAGAGUGAUUUCGGUAAAUAUGUACGUAGAUACAACAUAGAUGCUAUUUAAAUGUUUCCUUUAAUUAAUUCCUUCUCGUGUCAAUGACGAAUCGGAUUAUUAAACUCUCGGCAUAGUAGACCGUCAAACUUCUUGUCAAUUUCCAUUUUGUUUGUUGCUCCACAACUAACUUGCUCACCGUCUCUAUUCUUACCUGCUAUGCUGUCAUGUAAGUGUGGAGAAGCAGUGAUGUUCAUGCCCAGCCAAGUAGUAGUGAUUUUGGCGCCUGUGACACAGGAUGCAAAGUGACGAUUUCGCCAGAGGGGCAAACUCCUUAUCUGCUCGGCUAUCGCAACUCCUUAUUAUUCAUAAAAUUAAAUAGAAAGCAAAAA